AGCAAACAGCAAAAUGUCGCAACAGUUGCUUUCAAACUGUAACGGUCACUGUUUAGCAGUUACUUUCUUUGUAUUUGUUAUUAUGGCGGCGUUUGUGGGCAAAACCAGUGCAUCCAGUCAAAUAGACGUGGACGAAGAUCUGAAGCACUUGAUCGGCCGCUGUCACAGAGAUGAAGCGAAUCUGGACGCGUACAACGAUUGCAUGAAACAGGUGUUCAACGAUCUGCGCGCUUAUUUCACAACAGGUGUGCCCGGCUACAAUAUUCAGCCCUUUGAUCCGCAUCACUCGUCGUUUGUCGAAUUGCGUCGCGGCGAUCCGCAUGGCCCGGGCAGCUUAAAGCUGAUCUUGCGCAACGUCUCGGAAUACGGCUGGUCGCGCUCCGAGGUGACGAAAUUUCACAGUGAUCCCAAAGAUCAGCGCAUCGUCUAUGCGCAAUACUUUCCCGAGAAGAGUCUUGAGGGUGAGUACGAGUUCCUCGCCAAAAUACUGGGCACCGAGCUGCGACGACAGGGUCACUGGAAUCUGACGCUCUACGACUACAGUCAAACGACGAGCGUGCGACGCGUGGGCGAGCCGGGCUCACUGCUCAAGGUCCAUGUCGAGGUCGAUCACAUUGGCCGCAUGGAGUUGCAUAUAGGGAAUCUGUUGCAGGGACAACCAUUGAAUCAGCUGGCCGACGGCGUGAUCAACAGCAUGUGGCAGCUGGGCCUGCCAUUCGUGCGACCGAUGAUCAAUGAGCUGGUGAGCACGGCAUUCACGGAUAUAUUCAAUGAAUCCUUCCGUUACUUUCCGCUCGAAAAAUUUCUUAGCUAG